CCGAGAACUUGUACACUCACACUGUGUCAGUCCAGCGCGACCUGCAGUGUGAGGCUCACUCAGUCAGCUCAGUCUAGAGUCUAGAAUAACGACGACGGAACUUCUGCAGAACUUCUCCUUACUGUGUCGAGUCUUCAGGUAUGGGACAAAAUGACGCCCAAUGGGGUCGCUACCACGCAGGUGCCAGUGUGCUCAUGGCUCUACUCAAAAUGCCAGCCGCCUGGUACCAGCUGUCCUUACUCUUCCUGUCACCUAACAUCAACUUCCGGUGUGCCAUACCUUCAAAUGAAAGUAGACCGAUAUCCAACCUGUCAAGAUCUUCCUGGGACGACUCCUGCAGCUACAGGGACCAAGGAGGAACUCCACACUCCUGUGACCUCUGGCAGUACGACACAUCGGAGCUCAGCAACACAGUCAACAUGAUGUGGAACCUGGUGUGUGAUCGAGAGCUGCUAGCUACGUGGGCCCAGUUCUCGUUUAUGUGUGGCGUCUUCUCUGGGAAUGUCAUUGGAGGAUUCUUGGCUGACAGGGUAGGGCGCAAGCCUGUUCUGGUAUUUGCGGUCUUACUACAACCCCUCAUGAGUGCCGUAGUCGCAGUGGUGCCGUGGUUCUCCCUCUUCCUCCUCUUCAGGUUCCUGUUGGGGUUAGCUCUUGGAGGCACCAUUGUCAUCAGCUUCCUUCUAGGUGGUGAGCUUGGAGCUGGACCAUGGAGGCCAGCAAUCACAAUCCUUCAUCAAGUUCCGUUCGGCAUGGGCCAGACUCUCCUCGCCUUGGCCGCUUACUUCCUCCGCGACUGGAGGGAACUUCAGAUGGCUCUCUCUGUUUUCUGUCUCAUAUUUCUACCGUACUGUUGGUUGGUGGAAGAGUCACCUAAGUGGCUGAUGGCGACAGGACAACAGAAGCGAGCUGAGCGAGUGAUGGAGGUAAUCCGUCGGAGGAAUGGAGUCCCCCAAGCAGCUGACACUGAGAUGCUCCCCAUGACGGAGAAAAAUAAAGUCCAGAUUGUGAAGGCUGACAAUGAGAAGCUCAACAAUAAUGGCGGAGUCGGCUUCUGUGAUCUGUUCCGCACGCCUAGACUGCGCCACUACACCCUGGCUGUCUGGCUCAUGUGGUACUGUGCCGGCCUCAGCUUCUUCACCAUGAAUGCCUACCAGACACAACUGGGAGGCAACACUUUUGUCAACGUCGGUGUUGGAGGUCUAAUUGGGGGAAUUCCUGGGAAUAUUAUGACGAUAUUCCUGGUGAGGAAGUUUGGAAAGAAGAAAGUGAUUAUUAUUGCUCACUUGUUGGCAGCACUGUUCUCUAUCUUGAUUCCCAUCUACGAUGUUGGUGACAGCCCAUAUGACUGGCAACGUCGGCUGUUGGGUCUCCUUUCGCUGAUUGCUAUGUCGGUGGCAUUCCCCGCAGUUUUUCUGCUCUCUGGGGAACUGAUCCCCACAGUCCUCAGGGGAUCUGCCAUGGGUGUGGCCAACCUGAUGGCCAGGUUAGGAAACACGACCGCUCCAUUGGUCGGACCAACUGCGUCUAUCAACAAGUGGCUGCCGCUGUGUGUGGUGUCUGGUGCACCUCUUAUCUCCGCACUGGUCAUGUUCAGUAUCCCGGACACAGGCGACGGACCUCUGCCUAACACUAUAGAAGAUGUGGAGCGAACAAAUCCCAGGUGGCAAGAAACAGUGAUAAUUUCUGUAGAAGAGGGGUCCAAGAUCUACAAUCCAAAAACAGUGAUAGUCCACCAGGACAGCUGAUCUUUACUUAACGUAGGAACUAGUUGUUAGUGUCCGUGCAGAACCACGGAGUCUCAGUAUUAGAACACUUACUGUAGAAUAGUGUACAUUCUGUUAUUACUGUUUAUAGUACUUAUUAUAACUCUUUGUACUUUAUCCGGCCGGUAGUUCUGACUUGGACAUUUUAAAUACUCAUUUUGUAACCAACUUAUUGUUCAUGUCAAACGUGAAUCUCGUGUGCUUUACCCGAUUGUAAUGUUCCCAAUCAUCUGUGAUAGUAAUGAUUUUAUGAUAAUUGUAAUGGUGCUUGGUAAGAUUUUAAACAAGUAUGUACGUAACUUUGUGGCGGUAUGUACGUAACUAUGUGGCGGUAUGUACGUAACUAUGAAGUACUGUGAACGUAACUAUGUGGCGGGUGUAGUAAAUGUAAAAUACACUAUAUUCAGUGGAAAUUCAAAUGUCUGUGAUAGUCUGUCAUUCCUAAUGUAUUAAAGUAUGUUUUAUAAAGUUUUGCAUUCAACUUGCACGAGUAUUAAGAUACAUUAUUUAAGUACAAUAUACGAGUAUAAUAUUAAAUUAAAUACUAGUAUAUUUUUGUACUGAAUAAAAUAACAUUUUUACCUACCAACCAUUUACAUUUCUACAUGUUUGCUACUUGCAUGAGAAACUAUGUAAUGAGGUGUAUUUUUAGACACUGUUUGAACAAAAAACAAAUGGUAAUUCAUGAAAAAUAUUGUUUAAUUAAAUAUUACUUUUUUAAUUUUUGUAGUGAAAAUAUGAUCUAUAAGUUUUAUUUUGCAAGCAAUUACUUAAAUCUUGUACUUUAAAUUUAUACUUAAACAUGUAUUUUUCUUCUGUGAUUUAAGUUAUUGUUAUCUAAAUUAGCAUAAUUUUUUCACAAAUAAUGGUUUUAUUUCAUAACAGAAGAAGAAUUAUUGUUGUGUAGUUGUAAUGUUUGUUGUUGUGUUAUUCUGUUGCAAAAAAGUUAUAAAUAAUAAAACUAUUUUAAAUUC